CAGAUCGCGAUCCUGCAUUUGAGGAGCAUCAUCGCCUUGUGCCGCUAGAAAGGCGGUCGGGUUUACAUGUAACUCUUCUGACUGGUGGCGUUACAGUCGAUUGUUAUUGGUCAGCCAUGACUAGAGUUGGCAAUCAGACAAAUAGUACCGAUCCCGAUGCCAUCAAUUCAAGGAUAUUUGUGGGAAAUUUAAAUACAUAUCUGGUAUCUAAAGAAGAAUUGGAAAAUAUAUUCCAACGUUACGGAAGAAUAAGAGGUAUAUCGAUGCAUAAAGGAUAUGCAUUUGUACAAUUCACAGAUACAUGGGAUGCAAGAAAUGCCGUUAUGGGUGAAGACGGUAGGAGCGUAGCGGGACAGGUAUUAGACGUGAACAUGGUCUUGGAACCAAAGCCACACCAAGUUGUUCGGAAAAGAUCGAAUAAUCAGCCUUUGAAUCCUUCAAGCAAUUAUUUGUUUUCCCGACAAGCCAUGCCUCCGGUCAAACGACCCAGAACCGAACUGACAUCAGUUCCAUUUGUGCAAAAGCCGAAACUAAAGUCUAGAGAACCGCUAAUUCACCCCAAGAGCUAUCAAUCAGACAAUUCUGACAUACUCAUCUGUGGCAAUUGCAAGGAGCUAUUUUCCAGUCUUCAGAAGUUAAUUGAGCACAAGAAACAAAGCUGCAAGCUAAGGUUUACCUGUAAAUGUCAUCAUGGCUCUUCUACAGAUUCACCUAAAAACAUUAACUGUGCCCACUGCCAGACUAAAUGUUCGACAUGGUGGGAUCUCAUUCAACACGUGCAAGGAUGCCACGGCAUAUCUAUUUAUCAAAAUACAAACAUGACACUGACAGGUGCGGAAAACGGUACGCAAACCUCAACAUCCGAAAGCUUAGCAUCUGGAGAGUUCAACAAAGAAACUGUCAACUCAGAUACUCAGAGUGGCUUGGAUGAUAACGAAUGGGAACAAUCACCUCCGGAGACAAUACGCGAAAACAAUUUAUCCGAAUUGACUCAAGAAAAAGCAGUCGAUACCAACGAUCUGGAGAUUAUGGUGGAACAAGGGUGAUGUAACUAAAAUCUACACUUACCUAAGAUAUAUAUAUAUAUCCCGUCAUGGACACGAGGACAAAAUUUUGCUCAAUCCAUGAAAAAAAAACCCUAAAAAGAAAAAAAAAAAAAACACAUCUUUUCCCAAUUGUCUGUCAAUUUUCGUUCUCAGGAUUUAAUUCUUAAAGUGCCAACCAAUUAUGGAGCACAGGACCACUGGAUUAUUCUAGUCAGAUUAAUGUAUAAAUAUAUAUAUAAAAUCUAUUAGAGAAAAAAAAUAUAUAUAUAGAGAUUCUAUAUUAAGCGGGUAGAUAGACGAUAUAUAAUAUAAUAUAUAUAUAGUAUAUUCUUAGGUAUAAUUAUCAAGAAAAAAAAAAAAAAGAAAAAUUAUAAUAAUAUUUUGUCUUAAAUGUUAUGUUUGUGAAGUAAAUU